AUGGCUUCCACACCCACCAAACACAUAGUCUUACAGGUUCCCUCUUACAUAUAUGUCUACAAUGAUGGCUCCAUCGAACGUCCAGGAAACCUCCCAAGAACUCCACCAUUUCCAGAAGACCCAGAAACUGGUGUCUCAUCCAAAGACAUCCUCUUCUCUAAAAACCCUUUACUCUUUGCUCGACUCUUUCUUCCAAAACUAUCCCAAUCAAAUCAUCACAACAAAAAAUUACCCAUUUUGGUCUACUUUCAUGGUGGGGCCUUCUGCUAUGAAUCAGCAUUUGCAGCGCACCACACCAAAUACUGCAACCUGAUAGCUUCUCAAGCAAGUCUUAUAAUUGUUUCCAUAGAACACAGAAAAGCUCCAGAGCAUUUUCUCCCCACAGCUUAUCAUGAUUGUUGGGCUGGUCUCAGUUGGGUUGCUUCACACGCCACCCCAAACCCCACCAAUAGCGACCCAUGGCUCAUAAAUCAUGGUGAUUUCAGCAAAAUUUUCACUGGGGGUGAUAGCAGUGGUGCCAAUAUUGUUCAUAAUGUUGCAAUGCGUGCUGGGGUUGAAGCUUUACCAGGUGGUGUCAAAGUUUAUGGGGCUUAUCUGAACCACCCUUACUUCUGGGGUGCGAAACCAAUUGGGUCUGAACCUGUUACUGGGUUUGAAGAGAUUCCUCAGUCUUUGAUUUGGAAGUUUGCAUACCCAGAUGCGCCUGGUGGAUUGGAUAACCCCAUGAUUAAUCCAUUGGCUCUUGGGGCUCCUAGCUUGGCUUCCAUUGGGUGUUCUAAGAUGCUUGUUACUGUGGCUGGUAAGGAUCAUCUGCACUUUAGAGACAGAGCAGUGUUAUAUUAUGAGGCUGUGAAGGAGAGUGGAUGGAAAGGGCAAGUGCAACUGUUUGAAGAGGAAGGAGAGGAUCAUGUUUAUUACAUGUAUGAUAUUCAAACAGAAAAAGCCAAGAAGUUCAUAAAAGUCGUAGUUGAUUUUCUUCGCCACUCAAAUUAA